GGUCUAAGAUGGCGGUAUUUUUCAGUGUUAGUCCAUGGUGGGAGUAUCGCGAUCUUUAAUUUUUUCGUAUUAUAGUUGAAUUUUGUUGCCAAUGAAUCAUGGAAGCUGGUGCGAGUACCGGUACUCGUACAACGCGAUUUAUGAUGGAGGGUGUCGGAGCUCGAGUCAUCCGUGGACCCGAAUGGAAAUGGGGUAAACAGGAUGGAGGAGAAGGUCAUGUUGGAACUGUCAGAAAUUUUGAGUCUCCAGAGGAGGUUGUUGUUGUUUGGGAUAAUGGUACAGCAGCUAAUUAUCGUUGUUCCGGUGCAUUUGAUCUUAGAAUCUUAGAUUCAGCUCCAACUGGUGUAAAACACGAUGGAACAAUGUGUGAUACAUGUAGGCAACAGCCAAUUUUUGGAAUUCGUUGGAAAUGUGCAGAAUGUGGAAAUUAUGACCUAUGUUCUAUUUGUUAUCAUGGAGAUAAGCAUCAUCUAAGACAUAGAUUUUAUCGUAUAGCAACACCUGGAAGUGAAAGAGUAUUAUUGGAACCCAGACGUAAAAGUAAAAAGAUUGCAAUUCGUGGUAUAUUUCCUGGUGCAAGAGUGGUAAGAGGCGUUGAUUGGCAGUGGGAAGAUCAAGAUGGUGGAAAUGGCAGAAGAGGUAAAGUUAAUGAAAUUCAAGAUUGGUCUGCAGCCAGUCCACGUUCAGCAGCCUAUGUUAUUUGGGAUAAUGGUGCCAAAAAUUUGUAUCGCGUUGGUUUCGAAGGAAUGGCGGAUUUAAAAGUUGUUAAUGAUGCUAAAGGUCAAACGGUUUAUAGAGAUCAUUUGCCAUUAUUAGGUGAACAGGGACCAGGUCGUACUGGACCUCAUGGAUUACAAAUUGGAGAUCAGGUUACUGUUGAUUUAGAGUUGGAAAUCGUACAGUCGUUACAACACGGUCAUGGUGGUUGGACUGACGGUAUGUUCGAGUGUCUCGGUACUACGGGAACUGUAGUUGGCAUUGACGAGGAUCAUGACAUUGUCGUGUCAUAUCCAAGCGGUAAUCGAUGGACUUUUAAUCCUGCCGUAUUGACAAAAGUACAAAUACCAGUACCAGUUACCAGUUCAAGUUCUGAUAAUCAAACUUUUGCGGUUGGUGAUUUGGUGCAGAUAUGUAACGAUAUAGAGAAAAUAAAACUACUUCAACGUGGUCACGGGGAAUGGGCCGAAGCAAUGGCACCGACUAUGGGAAAGAUUGGUAGAGUUUUGCAAAUAUACCACGAUGGAGAUUUAAAAGUAGAAGUUUGUAGUACAUCUUGGACGUACAAUCCUCAAGCAGUUACAAAAGUUGCAAGUAGCGAUGGUAGUGUACCAGGGAAUAGCAGUGGAGAACGUUUAUCGGCAUUAUUGAAAAAAUUGUUUGAAACACAUGUCUCGGGUGAUGUGAACGAAGAACUAGUGAAAACUGCUGCAAAUGGUGACGCUGCUAAAUGCGAAGAAUGUUUAAAAAGACCUGAGGCUGAUGUAAAUGGUGUAUUUGCUGGUCAUACCGCCUUACAAGCUGCAAGUCAAAAUGGUCAUUUAGAAGUUGUUAAAAUUCUUCUUCGUUAUAAAGCAGAUGUUGAAAUUGAGGAUAAAGAUGGAGAUAGAGCCGUACAUUAUGCAGCAUUUGGAGACGAAUCUGGUGUGAUGGCAUUAUUGGCAGGUGCUGGAGCUGAUUUGAAUUCUAGAAAUAAGAGACGUCUGACUGCCCUCCAUAUCGCGAUUAGUAAAGGUCAUGCCGGUGUCGUGCGUACAUUAUUGGAAUUAGGAUGCCAUCCAAGUUUACAGGUAAGUACAUUUUCUUCUGUUUUGCACGUACAACUUUUAUAUUUCUCUAUUGACACAAGCAUACUUUAAAAUAUAUAUUAAAAG